AUGUCCCCGUCAGUUUGCGAGUGCCUCCCCUCUCUCAUCCCGUCUUCUCCUCACUCAUCCCGUCUUCUCCUCACUCAUCCCGUCCUCCCCUCUCUAAUCCCCCCCUCUCCUCUCUCAUCUCGUCCUCCCCUCUCUCAUCCCCCCCUCUCCACUCUCAUCCCGUCAUCCCCUCUCUCAUCUCUCCCGUCCCUCUCUCAUCCCGUCCCCCCCUCUCUCAUCCCUCCCUCUCCUUUCCCAUCCCGUCCUCUCCUCUCUCAUCCCUCACUCUCAUCUCUCAUCUCGUCCUCCCAUCUCUCCUCCCUCCCUCUCCUCUCUCAUCUCGUCCUCCCCUCUCUCAUCUCUCCCGCCCCUCUCUCAUCCCCCUCUCUCCUCUCUCAUCCCGUCCUCUCCUCUCUCAUCCCUCACUCUCCUCUCGCAUCCCGUCCUCCCCUCUCGCAUCCCGUCCUCCCCACUCGCCUCCAGGACGCACUUACCCUUCCCCCCAGGUACCACAAACCCUUCCCCCCCAUGUCCCUCCCCCCCUUUCCUCCAGGUCGCGCUUCCCCUUCCCUGGAGUUCCCACUUCCUCUUCCCCCCCAGGUCGCUCCUCCCCUUUUCCCCGCCUCGCACUUCCCCUUCCCCAUCCGUGUCCUCCUCUCCCCCCUCCUUGACCGUUCUCCCCCUUGUCCUCCGCUAUCCACCAUGUCCUCACACUUUUCCGGCCACUCCUCUACCUCAGAGCAUGAUCCCUCUCUCAUCUCUCCCUUUAUCCGCAUUCCCCUCUUCCUCCCACAUGCACCCGUCCCUCCCUCCUCCAGCCCCCCUCGUCACCCCAGCACCUUCUAUCCCCUCCUUCUCCACGCUCCACAUUACUCCCCCCCUCCUUGUCCCCCUCUUCCCCCCUUGACCACUCUUCCCCCAACCCUUCCACUCUACACCCUGUCCUCUUCAUCUCCAGCCAUCUUCCCUUCCUCAGUUCCUUCCUUCCUCCAUACCUCCUCUCCUCCCUCGUUCCAACCUCAUAUCAUCCCCCCUAUCCCAACACUCUGCCCUUCCUCCGCUCUCUCAUCCCGUCCUCCCAUCUCACAUCCCGUCCUCCCUGCUGCUGCUCCCGACCACCCCACCUCAUCCCUUCCUCUCCUCUCUCAGCUCCAACAACCCAACCUCGUUCCACACUUCAGCCCUUACUCCCUCGCUCCUCUCUCCUGUACCGACCCUAAUCAACAACUCCUCCCAGUAACUCAAGUCAAAUCCCAGAAGUGUAACGGUGGUGCGGCCCUUCUUGCCCCGGUCCCGGCAGCCACAUAG